AGAAUGGAGCGUGUAGUAGGGUGAGAGUUUUUGAUGGAGACAAUGUAUUAUAUUGAAUAUGGAAAGAAAAGUAACGUACAGAACAUAUCGUAGAGAGGAUAAAUCAUGUAACAGGUGUUUGCGGAGAAGAGGUGGCCCAUAUAAAACUGAACCAGCUACAGAUUUGACACACUGGAGGCUGUCUAAUGUGGAGGGCAGACAGACUUGGAGGUAUACCGACUACAGAGAAACAGAAGACAGGCAACAGACAAUGCUGGAGCUACAUUCAGUGGGGCUUGACACUGGUAAAUUUACCAGCGACUUACCAAGAGCUGCGACACCACAAGAGGCAGUUCUGCAGGGAAUGACAUUUUAUACAAAGCUACAGGCUGAGGAUGGACAUUGGGCUGGAGACUAUGGUGGACCCCUAUUCCUUCUACCAGGGCUACUGAUUACAUGUCAUGUAGCAAAGAUAUCAUUGUCUGAGGCUCAGAGGAAGGAGAUGAUUCGAUACCUGCGCUCAGUGCAGCUUCUAGAUGGUGGAUGGGGACUGCAUGUGGAGGACAAGUCAACAGUGUUUGGAACAGCAUUGAAUUACGCAGCCUUACGAAUCCUUGGUGUUGGACCAGAUGACCCUGACCUGGUGCGGGCAAGAAAUAACCUUCAUGAUAAAGGUGGUGCUGUCGGAAUCCCAUCCUGGGGUAAAUUCUGGUUGGCAAUUCUUAAUGUCUACAGCUGGGAAGGAAUGAACACCUUGUUUCCAGAGAUGUGGCUCUUCCCGCGAUGGGUACCAGCUCACCCUUCGACCUUAUGGUGUCACUGUCGGCAGGUCUACCUCCCUAUGAGUUACUGCUAUGCCGUGCAGCUCACUGCACAGGAAGAUGACCUAAUUCUCAGCCUGCGCCAGGAGCUGUACAUUCAGGACUACAGCUCCAUUGACUGGCCUGCCCAGCGAAACAAUGUGGCGGCAUGUGAUCUGUACACCCCACACAGCCAGCUUCUCACCAUUGCGUACGCUUUCCUGAAUAUGUAUGAGGAUCAUCACAGCACCACUCUGAGAAAGAAGGCCCUCACAGAACUCUAUGACCACAUCGUAGCUGAUGACAGAUUCACAAAGUGCAUUAGCAUCGGACCGAUUUCCAAAACCAUCAACAUGUUGGUUCGCUGGCACGUGGAGGGUCACGAGGCCCCUGCUUUCCAGGAACAUGUUUCUCGUAUCCCAGACUAUCUCUGGCUUGGCCUUGAUGGACUGAAGAUGCAGGGCACCAACGGAUCCCAGCUGUGGGAUACAGCUUUUGCCGUCCAGGCCUACCUUGAGGCAGGGGCUCAGGAUAUUCCGGAAUUCACAGCCUGUCUCCAACGUGCCCACGAGUAUUUCCGAAUUUCUCAGGUUCCAGACAAUCCUCCAGAUUAUGAUAAGUAUUACCGUCAAAUGAGUAAGGGGGGUUUCUCAUUCAGCACUCGGGACUGCGGCUGGAUUGUUGCAGAUUGCACGGCAGAAGGCUUGAAAUCCAUAAUGCUGCUGCAGGAGAAGUGUCCCUUUAUCAAGGAUCACAUUUCUGAGGAGCGACUGUUUGAUGCCGUCAAUGUGCUGCUCAGUAUGAGAAACCCUGACGGUGGGUUUGCCACAUACGAGACAAAGCGCGGGGGACGACUGCUCGAACUUCUGAACCCCUCAGAGGUUUUUGGCGAUAUAAUGAUUGAUUACACGUAUGUUGAGUGCACAUGUGCAGUCAUGCAGGCAUUGAAACAUUUCCAUGAGAAAUAUCCAUAUCACAGAGUGACGGAGAUCCGCGAUACUUUGGAAAAGGGCCUUGAGUACUGUCAGAGAAUGCAGAAUCCAGACGGGUCGUGGGAAGGGAGCUGGGGUGUCUGCUUUACCUAUGGAACCUGGUUUGGCCUAGAGGCUUUUGCCUGCAUGGGACACACACAUCAGAAAGGCACUGCAUGCAGAGCAGUGACCCGUGCCUGCGAGUUUCUGCUGUCCAAACAGAUGGAAGAUGGAGGCUGGGGCGAAGACUUUGAAUCAUGUGAACAAAGGAAAUAUGUGCAAAGUGCAAAGUCCCAAGUUCACAAUACAUGUUGGGCUGUAUUGGGAUUAAUGGCUGCCAGAUACCCUGGCACCCGGGCAAUCGAGCGAGGGAUUGAACUCCUGAUGACAAAGCAGCUGCCAAAUGGGGAUUGGCCUCAGGAGAACAUUGCUGGUGUAUUCAACAAAACCUGUGCAAUUAGUUAUACCUCCUACAGAAAUAUCUUCCCCAUAUGGACACUGGGACGAUUCAUCAGCCUUUACCCGAAUAGCGCCCAAGCUAUCAAGCUCAAACUGUGACAGUAGAAGGUGGUAAAUGUGUUCAUAAACUUCCAACAGCCCACCUUUACUAGUAGAACACUAGAAACAGUAAGAUAGGUGACAGUUUAACUUUUAACAAUGUGGGAAACGGUCUGCUGCAUACAUAUUCCUCAGUUGGGUUCUGGAUCAUUGUGUGUGUACGUGACAAAUCCAGCUGUGUAAAACUAUAACAAGUUUUAGCAACAAGACGUAGCCACUGACCCCAAGAAGAGAUCCCUGACUGAUCAGUUCUGUCUGCCUUUCCACUUUAUCUCCUUGUUUCUACAGAAUCAUAUGCAAUAGUCUCUUGUGAUGAUAUAUAUUAUUCAUGUAAACUUACUUGUUUUGACAGGAGGAAAGUUCAAUUAAUGCCCACCUAAUUCUACAGCAAAUCAUCCACAUCCUUGACUCUCUACAACACUCAAGCGCUAUUCCUGUUGUGACACGUGGGCUGGAAAAGGGAACUCUCCAUGUAAAUGGUCAAUAUAUGCUACUUUAUACUGAAAUCUAUAGUCAAUCAUGAAUGUGCAAGAAUACAACUGUGGAAGUGGGGAUCUGAGCACACUCUGUGUCCACAUUUGAAAUGGCAUAAUGCUUUGCUAUCUGUCUUGUAAUUUACUUCCUUGACUUCUAAGCUCUUUUAAAUGGAACUAAGAUUAUGUUUUCUCUUUUAAAGGAAAUCUUAAUCAGUGCAGUAAUGUGCUUGCUUAAGCUUGUCCAUUCAGGCAUGAAUGGACUCAUUCAUGUAGAGAAAUCUGUACUUAAUAAAAACCAAAAGAACUGUG